AUGGCGGAUUUCCUGCCGUCGCGGUCCCCGCUGUCGGGCUGCUUUCCCGGCUGCCUGCUCAACAGCAGCGAGGCCGAGCAGCAGCGAAAGUCCAAGGAGAUCGACAAGUGCCUCUACCGCGAGAAGACCUACGUCAAGCGGCUCGUCAAAAAAAAUGGGAAACGCGAGGGGAGGAAAGAGGCGGCUGGAGCGGGAGAAACUCCGACGAGGCCGGCCGGGGUGCACGCUCGGGAAGGCCUGGCUGCUGCAGGGGAGGGAGCGGGAAGGACCGGGAAGUCGCUGCAGAGCUCGAGGCCGCGGAAGUCGGAUGCGGAAGGCGUAGAGGGCGGGCUACCAUCACAUCAGAAGAACCUGAAAACAAAAUCAAGUCAGCAAUCCAUUGUGGUGUGUUUUGGUUCAGGCAAUGAAAGCACAGGAGAGGAAGAGAAAAACUCUGAAAACGCUGAAAAACAUGUUCAGGAUGAUGAAAUAUGCAAUGAACUACCUGCUACACAAACUAGAAUAAGAGUCCUUGUGGAUGCUCGAGAGAAACUUCAUAUUCCCUGGGGAGAUCCUGCUAACCAAAAGAAUGGUGACAAGCUGAUGGCCUUUGAUACCCGCUCAGCAUUGGUGGCGCAAGGAAUGGUGGAGACCACAGUUUUUUUACAGUACCUUCUAGCAAUAAAAGCCUUGUGGGCAGAUAGUGGUAUCCAACAUUCCUACGAUAGGCGCAGAGAAUUUCAGCUGGGAGAAUCUGUAAAAUAUUUUCUGGACAACUUGGAUAAAUUGGGAGAACCAGAUUAUCUUCCUUCCCAGCAAGAUAUUCUGCUGGCACGAAGACCGACAAAAGGGAUCCAUGAGUACGAUUUUGAGAUUAAAAACGUCCCCUUUAAGAUGGUUGAUGUAGGUGGCCAAAGGUCAGAGCGAAAACGUUGGUUUGAAUGCUUUGACAGCGUCACUUCAAUACUGUUCCUGGUUUCAUCAAGCGAAUUUGACCAGGUACUUAUGGAGGAUCGACUAACAAACCGCCUUACAGAGUCUCUGAACAUUUUUGAAACUAUAGUCAACAACCGAGUUUUCAGCAACGUCUCCAUCAUUCUCUUCCUAAACAAGACAGACUUGCUUGAGGAAAAAGUGCAAAAAGUUAGCAUCAAAGACUAUUUCCCAGAAUUUGAAGGGGAUCCCCACUGCUUAAUAGAUGUCCAAAAAUUCCUGGUGGAUUGUUUUCGUACCAAGCGCAGGGAUCAGCAACAGAAGCCUUUAUAUCACCACUUCACCACUGCUAUAAAUACAGAAAACAUCCGCCUGGUAUUCCGUGAUGUCAAGGAUACCAUCCUUCACGACAACCUCAAGCAGCUCAUGCUACAGUGAUGUGCAAAAAGACUUUGUGUUGGUCGUUUACAGCAGGAG